GAGCUCCACGAGAGGAUGAAGAGACAGGCGUUGGCAGAGUUUGAGAGCUACCGUCAGAGGGUGGAGGAUAUGCAGCUUUGCACCGAGGCUCAGCAUACGCAGCGCGUGGUGUCCAUGUCGCGGGAGGUGGAGGAGAUGCGGCGGUCCUUCGAGGAGAAGCUGCGCACGUUCAGCCAGGCCCAGACCCAGUUUGAGCAGGAGAAGAGGGCUGCUCUGGAGGAGCUGAAGGGCCAGCACAGGCAGGAGGUCCAGGAGCUCCUGCGCAGCCACCAGAGUCAGAACGCUGACUACAGUAAAGACCAGGAGAAACUGGGGCAGCUCCAUAAAGCCGAGGUGGAUUCUCUGACGGAGCGGGUGGAGGAACUCAAACAGGACAAGAAGAGACUGGUGGAGGAGUACGAGGCCAAACUCAGCAAGGCUCAGGCUUUUUACGAACGCGAGCUGGAGGCCAUGAAGAGAACUCAGCAGCUGACCGCCGACAACCUGUUGGCAUGGAAACGCACUGAAUCCGAGCUGCGGCGGGAAUUCCAGACUCAGGAGGCGGCGCUCCAGAAGACCCUCGGAAAACUAAGGGCCGAGUUGGUCAGGAUAACGGACGAAGCUCGGGAAAACCGGGAGAAGUCCCACAGGCUUCAGGCGUCGCUGACCACGGCCGAGAGCAGCGUCAAGGACCUAACCAAGCAGCUGGACGAGGUGACCCAGAACUCCGAAAUUGUGGAGAUCCGUCAGAAGGAAGCCGAGUGUGAACUCGAGGCAGCCAGAGACCGAGUUCAGCAGCAAGCGACUGAAAUACUGCUCAAAAGUCACAUCAGCAGCCUGCAGGCCACCCAGAUGACCCAGGAAGCAGCGAUCAGGGAUGUGGACAACGAGCGGAGCCGGCUGAAGGACAAAGUGCUGAGGAUGGAAGAAGAGAGGGAGUCUCUGCAGAGCCAGAGCCAAGCCCUGGACGAAAGACAGAAACAACAGCUCCAGUCCCUGGAGAAGACCCUGCGUGAGGAGAAGUCGUCCCACGAGAGGGACAUGAACAACAUGCAAGGUCGAUCCGAAGAGGAGGCCAGCCAGAUGAAGGAGAGCCAGGCCCGAGCCCUGGAGGAAAUCUCCAAGAAACACAGAGUGACCCUGGAGAACGCCCUCAACAACGCGGAGAAGGAAAAGAACCGCAUGCUGGCUGAGCUGGAGCAGCAGUUUGAGAUGGAGCGCCUCUCGCUGGAGGAGCAGAAGACGACUCUCAGGCAGCAGCUGGACGAGCUGAGCGAGGAGCUGAACUCCAAGCUCACCGCAGCCAGCCAAGAGUUGAUCCGGCUGCAGGAGGAGGUGCAGCAGGGGGAGCAGGACGUCGGGAAAGCUGAGGGACAGAUCUCCACUCUGAAGGAGGCGCAGGACAAACUGCUGGAGGAGCUGGACGCCACCAGGGCCCGACUGAGGGAGACCAGCAACCUUCUGACCGCUCUGCAGGGAGAGUUGGAGAUCCAAAAGCGUCAGCAUGAAGCCAAGCUCAUCACCACCAAAGAAGAAGAGAAACAUAAGAUGGACAAGAUGGCUCUGGAGCUGGAGCUCAAGUGGACCGAAACACUCAGGCAGGAGUGUAAGAAGCUACGCGAGGAGCUGAGAGAGGACCACGAGGAGGCCAAGGCCUCAGCGCUGAGUCAGCUGGCACAAAGCAAAGAGCAGGAAAUGAGCAACGCUAGGGAGAGCUGGCAGAGGAAAGUGGAGGACCUUCUGGAACAGAUCUCCCUGUUGAAGCAGAGUCUGGAGAUGCAGCUGUCCCAGUCGCAGUCUUCGCUGCAGCAGCUGCAGCACCAGUUCAGCCAGGAGAGAGAGCACCUGAGGAUGCAGCUGGACGAGCUGCAGACGGAGCACCAGAGGCGACAGCAGCGUCUGCAGGAGGUCCACUGCUGCUCCAUGCAGGACAUGGAGCACGCCAGGAAGAGGGACCUGAAGGAGUUGGAAGAGCGCCUCCGCCAUCAUCACCAUGCAGAACUGCAGUCUCUCAGAGAGGCUCACCGCCAGAGCAUCGAGACACUCAAACAGCAGUCGGAACAAGAGCUCCAAACACUUCGCUUUGAGCUGGAGGACGAGGGAAAAGCCAUGCUGGCCUCUCUGCGAUCAGAGUUGAACCACAUCCACGCGUCAGCCAUCGAACACCUGAGACAAACCCACCAACAGGAGUCAGCUGCUGCCAAGGUGGAGCUGGAGAAAACCCUGGAGAACAACCGGAUACAGGAGCGUGAGCUGUUGGGCCGGAUCACGGAGCUGCAGGAGGAGGUCUCCAGGAGGAAGAACCACAUCGCUCAGCUGGACCACCAGAUCCACACACUCAACGAAAAUAUCAGCACUCUGACUAAAGAGCUGGAGCUCAAGGGCAAGGAGGUGCUCAAGAUCCGCAGCGAAGCCAAUCAGCAGAUCAGGGCUCAUGAACAAGAGUUGACGAAGAGGCACGAGAGAGAGCUCGCCGAAAUGAACGCCAUCCACAGCAGAGAGACGCAGAACAUGCUGUCAGACUUCAACAAAGCCCAGGAAGUGCUCAAGGACAAGAUCUCCGCCCUUCAGAUACUGCUGGAGGGAACAGAGGACAAGUUCAGGAACAGGGAGAGUCGCCACGAGGAUCUGCAGGUCAUCGCUGAGCUGAGGGACAUGGUGUCUGAGAGAGAAUCUCUGGUCAAGAAACUGGUGGACGAUAAGAAGUUCUACCAGCUGGAGCUGGUCAACAGGGAGACCAACUUCAACAAAGUGUUCAACGCUAGUCCUAACGUAGGAGUCAUCAACCCGCUCAUUAAGCAAAAGAAAAAGAAUGAGAAAACAGCAGCCAGCAGAUUCAGCAGCUCUCCUAAUGUCAGGGCUCUGGAGGCAGCAGGUAUGGGCGUGGGCGUGCCCAGCCGCCUAGAGCCCCUCCCCAACUCCCCCCUCCACCACCUUGAACUCAACUCCAACAAACCUCUUCCCCCGCCGACCCCUCCCACCGAACCCAAGAAAUUCAUGAGCCCUCCUGAAACGAAGGACUCGUCCAUCGAGUCCCCGGACGCGCAGCGUCAGGAGUGGUUCGCUCAAUACUUCUCCUUCUGAUCGGCCACGAAGCUGCAGACGCAAGGAUUCAGCAUGCCGGACAAACCUAAAGAA